CUUGCCGAAACGUCAAAAUGUGUCGGUAACCAAGAAAAAGAUAAACACUUCCGAGUGUGUAGUUCUUGCUUUGCUCGUGCGUUUUUUUCUAGGAUUUCUGAAUGAAAAGUGCGUAAUGAGUGCCGAGGGGAGCGUCUGCGAGGGCGAGAAGCCCCAACCGGGGCCGGAGGCAUGCGUCGAGGACAAUUCAAAGCAAUCUUUUCGGAAAAAAGUUUGGGAUUAUUUAGAGAAGAACAAGUUGGUGAACUUUCCGCGGCCCGCGUUCGGGCGCAUCCCCAACUUCAAGGGGGCUGACAAGGCGGCUGCCCAGCUCCUGCAGCUCGAAGAGUUCAAAAACGCGAAAUCGGUCGAGGUCAACCCGGACAAGCCGCUGGAGGCGGCCCGGAGCCUCGUCAUCGAGAGCGAUAAGACCCUCUACGUGCCCGUGCCCCGGCUGCAGGAGGGGCUGCUGAAGAAAAUCGCGUUCUGCGAGGCCGACAAGCCGAAAAACGUCAAACAGACCGUUACGCGCUGGGGCAUCGAGACCCUGGGCAAGGCGGUGGACUUCGGGGACGGCCUCCACAUUGACCUGCUGGUCCUGGGGAGCGUGGCGGUGUCCAGGGACGGCCGCAGGAUCGGCAAGGGGCGCGGGUACGCCGACCUGGAGUACGCGAUCCUGAAGGAGAUGAAGGCUGUUGAUGACAACACCACGAUUGUUACGACAGUGCAUGAUUCACAAGUGUUUGAUUGUUUGCCAAGUGACAUUUUUAAAAAGUAUGACGUGCCUCUUGAUUAUAUCCUGACUCCCACUCAAAUUAUCAAAGUUGAAAAGAAACUGACAAGACCCGAGGGAAUUUAUUGGGAUAUCUUGUCACAAAGGAGGCUCAGUCUCAUGCCCGUUUUACAGAAAAUUAAGGAAAUUCAUCAAAGCGAGGGUCGAGACACGACUCUGAAGGAAGAAGACACCGACGUGGAAAGCGAGGAUAAACCUCGAAAGUACCCAAAACCGCGACCAAAGUCGAACCUUGCCGAGCAAAACGAGCUGACAGAUUCUGGCGAAAAGCCGCGAAAGAGGCGGUUUUUCCGGAGAACCAGGUCUGCGAGAAUCACAAACGAAAACGAGGACCCGGGGAACAAGGAAAACAACGUUACACCCCCUAUGAAGAAGAAGCCCCGGCCCUUCCGGCGCAACCCCCGCCGCCUGCAGGUCGACUUCUCGCUCGUCGUGAGCAACAUCGACAAAAACGUCCGCGUGCGCCACCUGAAAGACGCCCUAAUUGAUCACGGCAUCAAGCCGAACAACAUCACAUGGCGCGGGUACAAAGGCUUCUGCUACUUGCAUUAUGCCAAGCAGGUGAAGAAGGAGGCGGACAAAAUUGUUGAAGAAAAACCGUUCGCCGUCGAUAACGUUAUCGAAAUACUCCAAACUUUGAAACUCAACCCGGAAUCUUCGAAUAAUUUGAGCGUCAAAGUUAUGGAACCAAUUACGAGAAUUGAAACGACUGAUGUUACAGCUGUUUGAGGAGAAAACAAAUCUUCCAUCUGGCUUCCAGUACUUGCCUUAGUAGUUAUUUUUGAGUUUUAGGUUUGCCUUGAGUACAAGUUUUAGUUCCUGGAUUUGUAAUCUAGAAGAAAAGACUAAUUUUUAUAACGUUUGUGUAUUUUGUUGGACUGAAAGAGAAUAAAGUUUUUUUCAAAA